AAUAAGCCUUUGCCUGCUUAGAGGUGACUACGUUUUUAAAAGCUGAAAAAGUUCACCUACAUAAACAAAGCAAAGCAAAGGUCAACAAAAUGGCGACUAGUCUUUCCGAAGAAGUAAAGCAAGACCUCAUAGAGUGUAAGAUAUGUCUAGAAGUAAUGAAAACACCUAAAGUGCUGAAUUGUCUACAUACUUUCUGUGAAGGAUGCAUUGAGGAUUUGGGCCGAAAAAUGGAUCAGAAAGAUGACAUUAGUUGUCCUGUAUGUCGUAAUGUGACCACACUGCCCCCUGGUGGUGUGAAAGCUCUCCGUGCCAACUUUCUGAUUAACACACUACAAGAUGCACUCGGGAAGUCGACCCAGCUCGUCAAGUGUGAGUUCUGUGAUGACACCUGUAGUUUCAUGUGCCUUGAUUGUAAUGAUAAGAUGUGCUCCUCACACGGUUCAUCCCACUGCAGCACCAAGUUCACCAGGGGACAUAAAGUUGUUCCCAUGGAUGAUGUCAAUGCAGGCAAAUAUGCAAAAGAAAUCCUGGCUUCACAGUUUAUUGAAUGCAACACACACCAAGGAAAAUGUGUUGAGUUCUACUGCACACAAUGCGAAAUGAUGCUCUGUGUCUCAUGUAAGAUCCUGAAUCACGAGGGACAUAAAUGCACAUCACUGGAAGAAGCAGGAAAGUCUGAAAUGGCAACCAUAGAGGAGACACUCUCAGAAAUGGCUGACAUGAACAAGGUUCUCAAACAAUUCAAGUCCGAGCUGGAAAAAGCCCAAACCAACCUCAUCCAGGACAGAGCUAGUAUUGUGACUACCAUCGACAAAAUCGCAGACAAGAUGUACAAUGAAAUAAGACGACAGCAAGCGGAACUAAAAUUCGAGCUAAAUUCUAUUUUUAACAGCCAGACCAAAUCAUAUGAACUUGAGAAAGAAGAAAUAGAGAUGAAUAUUGCCAGUGUGAAUAGCGGAAUUGAGUUUGAAGAAACUCUAUUGAAGCAUGGGCGUCCUGUUGAUGUACUAUCGUUUGCUGAGCAUGUGAAAGAUAAUGUCAAGGGUAUAAUGUCAAGCUUUAAUGAUAAAUGUCAGCAACUAACAAAACUGGAAGAAAAACAGAACCACAAUAAAUGGGAUGUGCUUGAAUGUGAGCAAGUUGGGAUUCCACAGCAAUAUUGGCAGCAGAAACAGCAACAGUGCAGGCGGCGGCAUCGCACGGCACAUACAAUCUUGAAACGAACGCAAACGGAAAUGGACCCACAACAACCAAAUCAACAGUCCCAAAGAGGGAAGUGGAGCAGAUCAAUGAAAACUGGAAUAACCUUAUCAUUCCAAGAAAAUAUCCAAAUGACAAAUCCUAUCCUAGGCAACACACAACUUGUUCAACAGGUAAGAGGCAUGCAGAGACCAAACAUGCGACAAAACAUGCAGCCAAAUCUGCAAAAUUUUGGAAAUAUAUGUUCACAAAACAUUACAGUUCAGAUCAAUGGCUGUUAAAAGUCGUAAAACAUCAAAAACAAUGACAGUCUACCCAUACAGUGUGCGAUUCAUGGAAAUUGUUGAAACACACUGGAUGAUCUUAAAACAGCUUUCAAUGAGAGAUAUAAGUUUAAAGAAAAUCCAAUAUUCCAUGUUUUGAGCCAUAUCUUAAUAGAACUGGUCCAUGAUUGAUGAAGAUAUUGACAUUUUAAGACCAUAUAGGGGUAUGUUGCGAUUUCACUGGAAAAUAUUUUUCUCCACGGAACAUUUCUUUGGAUCA